AUGCUCGCCGCCCCAAGGGUAUUUCAGGACAUGGUGAAAACCAUGAGGGGCAAACCCAAAUUAGAGGAGUUAGGGAAGGCGUGUGACAACGCUCGCGCCCAGAUGACGAGGUUGUUAGCCACAAUUCACGGCGGUAAAUCUGCUUCAAACUUCGAAGAAAAGUACCAGGUCGCAGCUGAGGAUGACGGAAAAGCACAUGCACGGCGUAAGACAGUCCUAGCCGCACUAAAGAUCUCUGGGGAGACUACUCCUAAAAAAAGUAAGAAGUUAUGGGUCUCCGUCGUGAAGAAGCACAUAGACAAUGAAGAGGAGUGGCAUCAUAUAGCUGAAACUGGCUAUCAUACAACAGAUCGCCUAGACUGGGUUCUCUGGCAACUAAUCCGUCGGCAUUCUAUCGAGCUGCGCUUGAAUCCUCGACUAUACAUGUACAAGAACUCGGAGUCAAACAUGGAAGUAGUUCCAUUUAAUGAGGUCCUGGGUCUGGAAACUCGUCCUCUUUAUGUUCUGCUCGACAGAGAGAAGACCAUCUCGGUGGGCGAUCAACUCUACGGCAAUAUAUUUGGCUGUCUCCAAAAGCGAAGCCAAGUGGGCUUUAUGCUGAAGCGACCAUCGGGACAUCUUGUGUCUAUCUGUCAUCCAAAUAAACUGACCCUAAAGGCCCGUUGGAACGACGGCGUCACAGAGUCUGAAUUUCAGGCGAAGCCGGAUGAACUUGGUCAGCUUCUCCGUCGCAUUGCAACGGACGAACAAAGCAAGUGGAUGGUAACGUUCGACGGCUCAGGCCGUGUUGCGGAUGUCCUUGUGGGCGACCCCAGGUUUCGGGUAGAUCCUCCGGCCACAGGGGAUGGCCUGUUGGACCCCACAGGUCCGUCAACGACUGGCUUGCCACUCCCCAAAGAAUUCGAUAUUAUGCCAUCGGGUCUUGUUCACACAGAGGCGUCAGUGUCAAAUACAUCGACGGUACCGACUUCCAUCCCCGAAGCCCCUAGCAUUCCCUUCGCGAAAGAACCAACAUUAAUGAGUUCUUCUUCGAGAGGAUCCCUCGUGACUGUCGCAAUAGAUAUAACUAAACGGCAUAUCGAGAAUCAAGGUGCAUCGAGAAUACCUGGGCCUCGAUCGAGCCACGGUAUAGCACCAACUUCCCCACUUCCGCCCCAGGCUUCGUACGCAACGCAGCCACCCCAACCAGUUUCCCGCUUUGGGUCGCUCUAUACCACGAGCCACGGCUCCGCCGUACCCCGCAGCUCGGGCUUGAAGGAAGAACCAGUCGUGACUCCUUCUACUCGUAUCGAUAUACCAACACAGGCUCUACCGAGAAGUGAUGCUAAAUCUCCUGCCAUUAAUCAUGAUACAGCUCUCUCGUCCCAGAAAAUGGAAACAGUCGAUCCCGGUUCCUCAACGGUUCCACAAAUCAUAACGAGCGGGCGCCAGUCCAGGGCUUCCGAAUCUUCUGGGUUCAGUAGAAUCAUCCCAUCCAGUCUUCAAGAUACGAAGCGGCGAGGCCCUAAUACGGCAAAUAUGCAGGCUGACAAAAAGGACGGUUACAAAGGAACCAUUCCGACCCACCGUCCGAUGCCCCAAGUUCGAGAUGGUCAAGAAGCUAUAAAACGAGACACUGCUGAUCCGCCGCUGGGGAAAGUCACUGGUGUCUCCUCAAAUCCUAGCUCUGAUCCAUCCGUUCCCCCUUCCAAAGUUUCGAAUCGUGCUGAAACCAAGGUAGAGAUGUAUUUCUUCAGAUCCUGA